AUGGCGAACAACAGUGAGAAUGAGUCAGAUAAUGAUGAUGUCCAUGGACAAUUGGUUGAACAAGGUUCGGGACUGGUUGAAGAAGUAAGAGUGUUGAAACAACAAUUGGCAGAUAUGUACCAAGCCUGGGUGAAUGGACAGGCACCACCCCCAAUACCUAUAGGGCCUUCGGAUAAACUUCAUAAUGUGUCAGUUGCAAAUCAAGUGCCUAUCUCCAUAACAAGUAACCCAUUGUACCAACCUAGUUUCAGUCCGAGCAUUAACCUGCCCGCUAUCCCCAGUACCUCCAUUCCCCGUCCUCCAACCGCACCCCUCAGAAAUGACCCACCUACUGUACCCAUUGUCCCUACUUUCACUGUUCCUCAACCGGCUCUUGCUCAAAAUCUCAACAAUGAUCCACAUCUGAAUGCUUAUGAUGCCCAACAUUACUCUCCAGAACUGACUUUCAAGGUCCCAGAUUCAUACAAGCACACUUCUCAGAACAUGUUCCCAGUUGAGAUCGAAAAGCCCGAAAAGAAUAUGGAACAUGAGGAAAUGACCAGAAAAAUGAAGAGCUUGGAACAAACCAUGAGAAACAUACAGGGUUUGGGAGGCCACAAGAGUGUUUCGUUUAAUGAACUAUGCAUGUUCCCCCAUGUUCAUUUGCCAUCGGGUUUCAAGACCCCCAAGUUUGACAAGUAUGACGGUCAUGGUGAUCCUGUUGCCCAUUUGAAGAGAUAUUGUAACCAAUUAAGAGGAGAAGGAGGUAAAGAAGAAUUACUCAUGGCUUAUUUUGGGGAAAGUUUUACAGGAAUUGCUUCAGAGUGGUUCAUAGAUCAGGACAUCUCUCACUGGCACGUUUGGAACGAUAUGGCUCAAGAUUUUGUCCAACAAUUUCAGUACAAUAUUGAUAUAGUGCCAGACCGCUCCUCUCUUGUCAACAUAAAGAAGAAACCAAUAGAAAGCUUUAGAGAAUAUGCAAUCAAGUGGAGAGAGCAGGGUGCUAGGGUCAAACCACCAAUGAAAGAGGUAGAAAUGAUUGACUACUUUCUCCAAGCUCAAGAUCCUGAUUACCUCCACUAUAUGUUGGCCGCCAUUGGUAAACCUUUUGCUGAGGCGAUUAAGAUUGGGGAAAUAGUUGAGAAUGGCAUGAAGUCGGGCAAAAUUGUGAGUCAGGCAGCCCUUAAGGCGACCACGCAAGCAAUUCAAAGUGGGUCAGGCAGUUUCGGAAAUCGGAAAAAGAAGGAGGAAGGAUCCAUGAUGGCAUCUGGGUUCGGGGGAGUUCAAAGAGGAAUAGUUCCUUCGUACGUGCAAUUCCAACAAGGACAAUCCAAUUCUCCUCAUCAUUAUUAUCCGCCUCAAGGUCCUUGGUACUCGGUGCCCUCGCAACAAUGCAUAGUGUUUAAUGCUCAGGCUUAUGCUAGGUCUCCCAAUCACCAACAAUGGCGAGCACCGACUCCACUAUGCUUCCGUCAACUCCGGCCAAAUUUUCAGGUGCCAUAUAAUCCUCGUCCCAGACAGAAAUAUGUGAGAGAACAGAAGCCAAAGAAAAAGUUCACCCCAAUUGGAGAAUCGUAUACAAGCCUAUUUCGAAAGUUGAUGCAACUGAAGUUGAUUGAACCUAUUGUGCCGUAUUAUGUGAAUCCAAAUUCAAAAGGUUUUGACUCCAAUGCGAGAUGUGAGUAUCGCUCCAACACCCAAGGUCACAGUACCGAAAAUUGUUGGACAUUAAAGAAAGCCAUUGAAAAUUUGAUUGAAGCAAAGGCAAUUGUGGUGGUAAACAAUGAAGAUACUCCUAAUAUCACAAACAAUCCGCUCCCAGCUCAUGAUAAUACACAUUUUAUUGGGAUGAUUUGUGAUGAUCGGGAUUAUAAGCAAUUUGGCAAGACAGAGAUGAUUGUUGGAACCAUAGGGCCAGAGCCAAAAGUGAUAGUAAUCCCGCCGCAAUCGGUACCGCUGAUUGUGAAAGGUGCGAGUUCUAGUUCAAACUUGGCAGGUUCUGAAAAAAUGGUUCUCUAUGUCCCUGGAAGCACAAAAAAGAUUGAGGUUCAAAAGAUUGUUCCGAAUAAUGCUUUGAGAAAUAUAACAGAGCCAGUUGUGAUCCGACCUGUUGCACAACUUCCAAUGUCAAACACAAAAGCUAUUCCCUGGAACUAUAACAAGACUGUCAUGACAUACAAAGGAAAAGAGAUAGUGGAAGAAACAGAUGAAAUGGGAGGCUUGACCCGCUCUGGAAGGUGCUACUCGCCAGAGGAAUUGAGAAAAGCUAAGCAACCCAAGGAAAAUCACUUUCCAGUGAAAGAAACUGUUUCAGAAAGCGGAGGAAUUCCUUAA